CAACGGCUUUCGAUACAUCUGUGUACUGUGAUGUUUUGUCCAUCUUAGUCUAUUUUUAUUCUAAAAAAAUAUUUUACAGAUGUCUGUCAGAGCUGUAGACUUUUCUUCUAGUGCCUAUGCUAAAACUAAGAGCUUCAAGGCAAAAGAAAAUGUUGCAACAGCCUCCAGAGUCAAAAGAACACCUGAAAACUCUCCGUCCAGCGUGAAAAGUUCUUGGACGCCAUUGAAACAAGACUUAAACGAAAAGGUCUAUAUUCAGGGAGUCGUCGUAUUUCCCUCGCUAUUGAUUGCUAUUUAAGUAUGUGUGCAGAUAAAGGAUAUUUACGGACAAGUGAUUUUUUUUCAUUUUGCAGUUGUUCGAUGAAAGGAAAGAGCUUGUCAGUAACUGGGUAAGUGUUUAUUUACUUUAGCACUUAAUAAAUGUUCCAUGUAAAACUAACGCAAUAGGGUUUCUAUUUUUUAAAACGAAAACAACGCUCAACUCGAGAUUAAGGACAUACAUACAUACAUACACACAUACAUGACCUUUAUUUAAGUGUCUAAUCGUUUUAGUGCCUAUUGGCAUUAAUUGGGGACACCUUUAAGACUAAAAAAUCUAAUUAAAAACUAUGAAUCUUAAAAGCAGGAAAAUAACAUUAUUCAGACUAAGUACUCUUCUACACUUUAAAACUAAGUUACAAUUUUACUCUAUAACACUUUGUAGCAGGGUGCUGAAUUCACAAUGUAAUAUAUGAGCUCGGACACUAAAAAUGAAUAUGUGUAAAUAUGCGUACGUCAAGUUAACCUAAGCAUAAGCGACAUUUACUCCCACAUCCUUCGAGAAAUGAUGUUACAUCCUUCUCACGUAUAGUUGUCCUAAAAGUUGCCAAAGUUCCAAUAUUUCUCUCUUCCUUGCUUAAUUUUGACCACAAUUGUGGUCCAAGAUAUCUAAGAGAGUGACCGUUGCAUCAACGGUCACUCUCAUCUUAGUUCAUAUGAUUGUUUGAUAAAACCUUAUCUAGCUGUUACUGAAUACAGCUGUAUUUAUUUUGUAGUCUUCAAAAUAAGAAACAUUCAGACGAAAGUCACAAAUAGCUGAGGUUUGAUUGUUACUUUCAAUUGAUGGUUACUGGUAUAAUUUCUCUCGAAGCUCCUGCAUCUGGAAUUUUCUCUGGCUACUUGUUUAUUAAUUAGACAAAAGAGUGAAGUAUUAUAGCCUUGUUUAUCUGAAAUUUAUUUAUCCCUUACUAGUCAGUGUUUUCUUUCCUCCUUCUAAAUUUUUGAAUGGCUGGCUGCUACAAAAUCCCUAGAGAAUGCUGCUGUUAAUGCAUGUAAUACACAUUUACAGUUUGACAGGUGGUCUGAUGUGCAAAGAAAACUGGUUCUCGAAAUCCUAAUAUCAAAGUGCAAGAAUUCUCAGCUGCAAUAUACAUUCUCACUGAUUGAUGAAAAAAUUCCAAUAACACAUGUGGACUUUACCCGUAAGCUUCCACGUGUCAUUUCUAUCUACAUCAUGUCCUUUUUGGAUCCUCGAAGUCUUUGUCGAUGUGCACAGGUUUGUUGGUUCUGGAAAUAUUUGUCUGAGCUUGAUCAGAUCUGGAUGCCCAAAUGUUUUAAGUUUGGUUGGAUUUUACCAUUUGUGCCAACACCUUUUGAACAAGGGGUGUGGAAAAGACAUUAUCUGGAAUGUGUUAAAGGAUUACAGUAUGUUCGACCAAAGGUAAGAUAAUUUUUAUAUUUUAUUUUUAAGACCUUUGAUAACAUUAAUUUGAUUAAAAAGAACAGCUCUUUACAAUUUUUUUAAGGUUGUAAGUCACACUAAAGAAGUGUUAUCAGCAAUUUUCAGUUCUUUCAAAAUACAUUAUUUUUCAAACCAAACAGUCUCCUCCAGGAUCCCCAAAGUCCAUUCCAGCAGGUAGAGUGAUGUCAAAAAGCCUAAGUCAAGGCAGCCUAUACAAAAAGGUAGGAACAGGAACCAAAAAAACAUCAACAGCUUGGGAGGCUCCUCCCUGGCGGGGUCCUGAUCCACAUCCCAAUGACAUCAAGAGGAAGUCAUCCAGUGGUGGACGUGUAGGAGGCUGCAGGUGAGUUUGUAUAUAAUAUGCAAUGGAAUUGACAGAUGCUAUAGCAAAGUAAAACAGUUAUUGCACAAAGCUUGUGAUUCCUGAUUUAUACCGCUUACUUUAGUUCAUCAUUCAGAGAAUUUUCAUUACUUUCCAUGAAGUAACUUCUGCAAUUUUUUUUGUUGCAGACGGUGCCACAUGUCAACAAACCUGUCGAAUAAUAGUGAUCAACAUGAUCAUCUGUACUCAUCUAAGAAAGGAACUGCAUUUAAAUCCACCAAACCAAGAAUCCACUCUGUUACUGUAAGUAAGGAUCAUUCUAUAGAGUGAUCCACAAUAUUGAAAACUUAUGUCAAAUUCCCAUAAAUACUGGAUUUGAAUAAAUUCAAGGGUUAUUAGGGUGAGUCAUUGGUACAGUGUAGGUCAUGUCCCUGUUUUUAAGAAAAUGCUUACCUCAAGCUGGAUGGAUGGUUCUAGGCUGAAACAUGUCGAUACGUUCCGCUGCCUUUAGUGCCCAGGGCAAAAACAAAGUAAUUGCGUUACAAUUUCCACAAACUAACCACAAUGUAACCAACUUAAAAGCACCUGUUGCAGAGUUUGAAAACAGUAAUUAAGGUUUAGGGAGAGAGUGGGUGAUCAAAAAUACCCUGAAGAAGUACUCUGUCAUGUAAACUCAGUUUAUAAUUAUAAUUCAGAUGCUGGUACUGUAGUGGCAAGUGCUGAGUUUGAGGUCAGGGUAACCUUACUGACUUGAGUACCUAAAUUUUCUAUUUUUUAUUUAAUUCAAGGCAUAAAAUGAAAUACAUUAUUACUACUACAGAAAAAGCUACUAUUAAAAAUUAUUUGGUCUUGUGUUUUAAUUCAUUGAGUCAAUUUAUGUGCAGCAAUAUGUGCUUAAGUAGAGUUCAAUUUGGCUUAUACAGUACCAAUCCACAACAGGUUAUCUUUUAGGAACACUAUAAAUGAUUUUUUGAUCAAUUUAAAUGCUCUUUUUAAGAGAAUCACAUUUAUCCCAAACAACUAGAGAGAGACAAUUUACUUCACUUUAUUGGUUUGACUACCUGCACUUAUGAAAAGCUGAUCUGAUAGUUAGAAACAACUACUUGUGUGCAAAUAUAAUGAUGCUGAUGUAGGUGAGUUAAUGUUUAAAAUCAAUUGAACAGGUUAACUAUUAAUUAAAGCUAGAAAUCAAGCUAAAACAGGAAUCCCGUGCCCACAUUUAUGGGAACACAUGCCAUAUUUUUUUUAAAUUAGGGAAACUCUGUCUCUGAAUCAGAGCCUGGUGGAUCAAAAAUAAACUCACGAACAGGUCGGCCGGACUGGGCAGUGCAGGCAUCAAUCACACCUCUGAAAGCCAGUCGGCCACCAGCUGGGUCUGACAUAAAACCUUCUGCUCAAACACUCGGAAAUGCAAGAGGUGCCAGGGACCUACCAGGUAAAUACUUUAUUCUAACACUCAUGUUAAGUUUUUUCAUUUCUAUUUGUUGACUGCAUACUCAGAUGAUGUGAUAUUAGGCCCAUAUGGAUUUGUUAAUGGACUCUACUCCUGCUGGUUACUGAUCUUUUGAUGUUUAAUUUUCAAAGCAAAAACAUAAUAUUCAUACUUGUACUAAUGUUCACACUUGUAGCAAGCAAUAUUUGUUCUAAUUUUCUGUGCUACAGCUGAGGGUUUAUUUAAAAUUCAGCCAUGGCGGAGGCCACCUGAAUAUGACUCAGACUAAACAACAUACAUGUAUGUUGGGGCGUGUCAUGCCUGGUAUGGUCACUGUGAGUUGCCCUGUCAGGAAAUGGAGGAAGUACGCUGUCACUGGUCCUCUUGCUGCUCUGGAAAUUAAAGUCAUAGCUGACCUAAUAGUAAAGCUUAUGGACUUGUCAUCGAGAAGGCCAAGAGAAGGCAGGAAUGGUGGAUGAAGUGAAAUCUAGACAACUCUAUUUUCAACCCUCAGCUCCCUUGAUAAGUGUAUGCCACUGUGUUACAUCAACAGAAAAGCAGUCUCCUGCACCAAGUUGGCUGUAGUGCAAGAGAGUAGAUCUUGCCAUAUAGUACAUGUUAUCAGCACUACUAAAAAAAAACAAUGUACAUUUGCUUAUAAAGAAAAGAAACAUAUGUAUAUGGUUGUCGUUUAUGAAAGCCUGUUACCAAUGUAGGAAUUAUUUAUUUUAUAUGGACAAGGUAAUAGAGGAGUUAGCUUAGGUUUCUUUUGUCUGCAUGCAUGUUCAGUAGAAUCAGUGUGCCAUAAAUUCUUGUUUGCACUUAAGAUUGCUUGUUGCAAGGAUUUUUAAACAUGCUUCGUGUACAUUGCUUGGAAUUCAAAAUGGAAAUAGAAAAAUAAUGAUAAGUGCAGUUAAUGGCUUAUAUUUUUUAAAAAUGAAUUACAGUUUUGGC